AUGGCCGGCGAACAUGGGACGGCCACGCGCUUCGUCGAGGGCCGGAGCUUUGUCUCCUCAUGGAACCACCUCUGCUCCAUGGUGCUCAACGUCUAUGGCCACGCGGCCGUCGUCCAAGCGCUCGCCGCCAUGAGCCUGGCGGUCCUGUACCUCUACGUGCAAGGGCAUGCGGUCGUCGACUUGAGCGUCUACGAUGCUGUCGUCGUUGACCACGCAAUCGCCGGUCUUGGCCUCUCGUUCCCCAUCGGCUACGUUGUUUUGCUCAACCUCUACUACUCGGACGUGCACGACGCGCUCGGCGCCUCGCUCCUCCUCUUGCGCGUCACGUCGUGCUGCAUCAUGGGCGUCGCACUAACGAUCUUCCUCGCCGAGUACUUCACGCGCCGGAUCCUCAUCUCGCUCGUCCUCUUUGGUUACGGCGCGUGGGGCUUCUUCUAUGCGUGGAGCGUGCCCAUUUGGCGCUGGUACAUGUACGACGUGUGCGAGCACGGGCUCAUGGCGUAUCUCCCCGAGAGUCUGCAGACAAUGCUGCUUCAAACGACGCUGCUCGAGUGGCUCACGGACACGUCGUUCUUUGACAGCAUGCAAAAGUACUUGCCGUUCCUCAUGCCACUCUCGCUCGCCGAGCAGCAGCGCGUCGUGCGCAGUCUCCCGGCCGACGACCAAGCGCGGCUGCUCAAACCAGGUCUCCUCCAUUUGUUGCCCGAGACGGUGCAAGAGACGUUGCUGCCCGAGACAACAUCGGAGCAUAGUGGCGAGAUCAUUGUGCGCCAUCGGCCGUCGUCGGCGGUUGUCGCCCAGUCGACCCCGAGCUACUCGUUCGGCUUUGACUUUGCAGCCGCCACGACCACGCCGCCAAAGGACGACCCGACGAUUCUUGCUGACUUGAUCAACGCGCGUGUUGCCUCGACCAUCCAGCAAGUGGUCGCACUACCGUCGCCAAAGCUUGUGAACCGGACGGCGGCCAUCUCGUCCUGCCUCUUUGUCUUCCAGCUCACGCGGUCGGCCAAGGCCCGCGCUCAGUUUUUCAUUCUUUGCCGCGUCGUUCUGCUCUCCGUGCUUGGGACUGUGGCGUGUGCGUCCGUGUCGGUGCGCUGCCUCCAGCUCCUCGCCGCCCUGCCCCGGUCGUCGCAGCGCUACCUCCAGUACGCCCAACAGCUCUUGCUGCAACAGCCCUCCGUGCUCCGACUACGCCACGCCAAGGACAGCCAUGGCGACGACGAGGACAAGCAUCGGUCGCGCUGGGCCACCGUGUCCAAGUCGGUCCUUGCUGCUGUCGCCAUUGGCUAUGGGCUGCGCAAGCUCCAGCGCUAA